AUGGCAACAACUGCGUCCCUUCUUCCGACUAUCCCCCGCAUAUUUUUCCUCUAUCUAGAACCAGUUGCGAUAACAUAUGGCAUGUUUUCAAAUUAUGCCUCGCGUCAUCCCAUAUUUGAGCUUUCAUCUAAUGCACAAAAUGGCCUCCCUAUCCCAUCUCUAAUUAUGCCAUCGAUGGCCACGGGCUACCUUCUUAAUAUGAUGCUAUACGGUCUAAUCAUUCUCAUUGCAUCGCCGCCUAAUAAGCGCCUGUUGCAGCUACACAUCGGGAUCUUGAUAAUUGCUGACCUUACGCACUGGGCUGGUCUUUUUUCGACAAUUGCUGAAAAUGACCCUCGCGGAUGGGCCGCCAUCUUCGACACGAGUAAUUGGGGAGCUGAUGUCUGGAACCUUGCUACGUAUCCUAUCAGCAGCCUCUCUAUUAAGUUUGCGACUUUGGCUGGGUUGUUUGGCAAGAUUCAGGGUUAG